GUGCUCGCCUCGUGCCCGUCAAAUAUGUUCUACAAUAAGCUGAACAAAAUUUGCGAUACGGCCGCCAAUGCCGGAUGCCAGAAUAAGACGAACCAGGAUAUUGUCAUUCCUCCCACAAACAAUGAGCAGAAUCUCAAUAGCAUGAUCACAGAUGCGGCCAAGUAUUGUGCUACCUUAACGCCGCAGGCGGGCAAUGAUCACAUCGUCUAUGUGGGCAGCUCGUCUAGUUGUAGUAAGUAUUACAUCUGCUACUACGGACAGGCGAUACUGCAGGAGUGCAGUGAGGAGUUGCAUUGGAAUGCAGUGACAGCCAAAUGUGAUCUGCCAGAGCGGGCGAAAUGUACCUURGAAGUGAAUACACUGCCCGUGAGGCCACCAAGUGAUAUUACGAGUGAGCUAUUGCAUUGCCCUGCCUAUGGACAGCAUCUAUAUCCGCAUAUGCAGCGCUGUGAAUUCUUCAUUUAUUGUGUCAAAGGUCAUGCUACGUUGCAGCAGUGCCCGUUCUACUACUUCUUCGAUGUGAUAACCAAAUCCUGUCAAUGGUCGCGCACGGCGCUGUGCGUGCGAGAUUUAAAUUUUCCGCGCCAUUAGCUCAUAAGUAAAUCAAUAUCGAACGCAAAAGAGUGACCGUAUCGGUAGAAUUUAAUCGAUACUAAGUAUCUGAACUGUCAAAUCGAUUAAUCGUCGUGAUGUCAUGCCAUCCAAAAUACCAGAACAUUCGAUGAGACGGUCACACUGUUUUUAACCUGACCCUUGUUUAUACCAUUUUUUUUGUUAAAAAAAGAAAAAUGUUAAAUUGUGAAGCGCAGUAAAAUAAGAUACAGCAAAUAAAUGAAUAGUAAAACCAAGAAGUAACAAGUUAAAUUAAAUCGGAACAGCAUGGCUUAAAUAUGUUCUUACGAAAACUCAGCACACAACAUUUACGGCAAGCAACACAGUAAACAGGAACGAAGCAAUUUUAUUGAAAAUUCUCGCUWGAAAGCCGAAUCAAUAMUAUAAAAUUAAGUAGUUUACUUGGUAACAGCUAAAACGCUUCAGCAGCUGGUGAGUGUAUGUGUAUGCGUGCGUGCCAGUGCGUGAGUGCGUGCUUGUGUGAGUCGCUAUAGUAUAAACAAUAUUAGAAGCCUAAAAACAGCA